UGUGGUUUCAAGGAUUGCCAGUCAUUGUUCAUCACUUGUCAGUCGUCUUUUGUUGUAAAAAUCCUUCUGAGUUUCUGAAUCCUCUGACUCGCAACAACCAACAAUCUCUUUCAUUUCCCCCCCCCCCACCUCAAACAAACCAAUCACUGCAUUUAUUUACAGAAUUGCAUCCCGCUGCAAUCUUAAAGUCAUCCUAUCAUACUGUCGAACGUCAAUGCCCCGCCUGCGAAUCUUGACGUGGAACAUUUCCGGGUUGGACAUCUCCGACGCGUCGCCUCCAGGCGAGACCAUUGCGACCAAGCUCGAGCGGCUGGCCUUUGGCAUGCUCGACCAUGAUGCAGACAUCCUGUGCCUGCAAGAGUUUCCCGUCCCGAGCGACUCGCGAAUGCCUGCGCACCAAAAGACGUUUGAAUCACUUUCGAAACUGUUUCGCGAGCUCGGCUGGGAGUUUGUCAACUCGGCGCCGUCCCACUGCGGCUGGAGCUGCAUCCUCGUCAAGCAGCCCUGGCUGGAGCGUCUUGAGCUGGCGUCGACGGCAGGACCAGCGGUUUUCGCCACAUUCAAAGUGCCACGCGACGAUGCGUCUGGUUUCGGUUCUUCUGAUGACAACGCCGCGUCGUCGCCGCCAACAAUCACCGUCGCGAGCUGCCAUCUCGCCCCGUUUAAAACAGGCACAAGUCAACGCUCUGCACAAUUUCAGGCACUCGCACAGGCCAUCAAGGCCAGUCAGAGCACGCGAAGCGCAACCAACAGCAUUGUCAUUGCGGGCGAUUUCAACGCGCGCGAGAACGAGAAUGAACACUUUGCACACGAUGGCUAUGUGGAUGCGUUCUCCGCUUAUUGUUUAUUGAAUCCAAAGGAGCGGUCGCAGCUGCAGUUUACCUGGGACAGCACCAAGAACAAGUAUCACGCGGACGGAUUUGGGUUUACUUGCCGUUUCGACCGCAUUGUCACCAAGCGUGCCAAGGUCACCUCGCUCAAGAUGAUUGGCAAUAGUCCCUGUGUCGAAGCCGACAGCUCGUUUUAUCUUUCCGAUCAUUUCGGGCUAGUUGCUGAAGUCCAAUUGUAGCGUUCGGGUUUUCGGCCUCUCUAGAUUGCUCCUACUCGAACUUGCCCGGACCUUGACCUGGAAUCACUACUGAAGCAUGUGCUAGAAUGAAUGUGGAAGUGCUUUUGUUUUUCCUGAGGUUCGAGUGAAGAUUGAGAGCAAGUCCGAAUGGGACCAGCAAAAAAAGCGACAAAACCCAAUAGAAACGACCGUUGUCUCUGUCGAUCUUCAUGUUUCAUGUUUUGCAGUAUUAAAAAUUCGAUAGUUCA